GUGUCUCCUGUAUUUAUGUAUCCCGAUACUGUCCAAUUUGAUCAGCGUCCCUCUCCCAGUUCCUCUGAUGCACUCAUCUAUAUACUCCACAGCUUCACCUAUCGGGCUGCAAUAGAACUUCUCUCCACUAAGGGGAGGUUCAUUCCUAACUACAAGUGUGACUACCGGAACAACCUAGUUGCUGUUUUGGGUGGGCCAAAGUCUAAUGUUUGUCUCUACCUGGCAGACAUUCUAUGCAUUUACAAGAUUCCACAGCUCCUGUAUUGCUCUGCUCCUGUGAUGACCAACAAAAAUGAAGAUGCUCUCCUCUACAAGAUGUUUCCCAGUUGGGCCAAUCAGUAUAUGGGGAUUAUGAAAUUACUGCUUUAUUUCAGAUGGAUAUGGGUUGGGGUGAUCUACAUGGAAAAUGAACAGGGGCAGCGAUUUGUACAGGAGGUACUUCCUACCUUUUCCAAGCAUGGCAUCUGCUUUGAUUUCAUAACAACUUUCCCAGCAAUGACUUUUGCAAGUUUUUUGCCAGAAAUGAAUGUAAGAAAUGAAGAAACAUCAACUCUUGUCAUGGGAAGCACAGCCAAAGCAGUGGUCAUACAUGGUGAAACUGAAGCAAUUAUGGUUUUUCGAUUCUUGCUGAAGGCUGCAGAAAUAAAUGAAAUUCCAAUGAGGACAAAAGCCAAAGUCUGGAUCCUGACAGCCCAAAUGGAUUUCACAUCAAUUCACAUCCAAAGAAGUUGGGAUUUAGACUUCAUCCAUGGAGCUUUAUCCUUUGCACUUCACUCAAAAGAGGUGUUAGGAUUUGUUAAGUUUCUUCAGACAUGGGAUCCUGCUUCUGAAGAAGGAGAUGGCUUCAUUGGGGAUUUUUGGAAACAGGCUUUUUACUGUUCACUCCCCGGUACCACAGAAGCCACGAGUGAUGAAGAAAUCUGCACUGGGGAGGAGAAGCUGGAGAGUCUUCCUGGGUCUGUCUUUGAAAUGAGCAUGAGCAGCCACAGCUACAGCAUCUACACUGCUGUCUACGUGGUGGCACAUGCAUUACAGGCUAUGGCUUCAUCCAUGCUCAAACACAGAGCAAUAGCAGAUGGGAGAAAUAAGCUGCUGAGACAACAGCCGUGGCAGUUCCAUGAAUUUUUGAGAAGCGUCACAUUCAACAACAGUGCUGGGGACCUGGUUUCCUUUGAUCAAAAUGUGGAGAUAGUGGCUGGACUGGAUAUCAUCAACUGGGUCACGUUUCCCAACCAGUCCAUUCUUAGAGCCAAAGUGGGAAGGAUUGACCCAAAAGCUCCCGAAGAAAAAGUGCUCACCAUUCAUGAAGAUGGAAUCAUUUGGCCCCACAGGUUUAAUCAGGUUCAGCCCCUUUCUCUGUGCAACGACCAAUGCCAUUCAGGCUACAGUAAGAAAAAGAAGGAAGGGAAACCCUCUUGCUGCUAUGAUUGCCAUUCAUGCCCAGAAGGGAAGAUUUCAAACCUGGAGGAUGCCAAUGACUGUUUUCGGUGCCCAGAAGAUCAGUAUCCAAAUACUAAUCAGGACUUUUGCCUCCAAAAACAUAUACGUUUCUUGUCUUAUGGAGAACAUUUGGGGAUCAGUUUGGCCAGUUUUGCGCUUUCCUUCUCUUUUUUGGCAGCUUUUGUGCUUGGUAUCUUCAUUAAGAACCAGGAUACUCCAAUAGUCAAAGCCAACAACCGCAAUCUCUCCUACAUUCUUCUCAUCUCCCUCCUCCUCUCCUUUCUUUGUGCCUUACUUUUCAUCGGCCAACCAGGGAAGCUCUCGUGUCUCCUCCAACAAACUACUUUUGGCAUCAUCUUCUCAGUGGUCAUUUCUUGUGUGUUAGCCAAGACCAUCAUUGUGGUUCUAGCUUUCCUAGCCACCAAACCAGGGUCCAGGAUGAGAAACUGGGUGGGGAAACGAUUGGCCAACUCCAUUGUUCUUUGUUGCUCUUUGAUUCAAACCACUAUUUGUACUGUUUGGUUAAUAACUUCCCCUCCAUUCCCAGAUUUUGAUAUGCACUCAAUGACUGAUGAAAUGAUUCUGAAAUGUAACGAAGGGUCAGUCGCCAUGUUUUACUGUGUCUUGAGCUACCUGGGCUUCCUGGCCACUGCCAGCUUCACAGUAGCUUUCUUAGGCAGGAAGUUGCCUGAUAGUUUUAAUGAAGCCAAGUUCAUCACCUUCAGCAUGCUGGUCUUUUGCAGUGUUUGGCUGACCUUUGUUCCAACCUAUUUGAGCACCAAAGGAAAAUACAUGGUGGCUGUGGAGGUCUUCUCCAUCUUAGCCUCCAGUGCUGGGUUGCUAGGUUGCAUAUUUUUCCCUAAAUGUUAUAUUAUAGUUUUGAGGCCUGAACUGAACAUCAAGGCUCAAAUUGUAAGAAAACUAAAUGAAAGAAAUUAA